CUUGAACCUAUGCCUGCUGAAUGUUUAGGUGUCUGGUUUCUGUUUUCCAGCUAUCUACUUUUUGUACACCCAGAGGAAACUGCAUCCUUCCCCUCUCUCUCUUAGCUUUAAAACUUUAAAGUUUUUCUGGCAAGAUGAGGCUGUCAUUCGGGACGCCGCCCAUCAAAGAGAACCUCUGUGCCUCUCUGUCUAGUGUCACUGUUGCUCUGGGUCUUCUCACUCUCCUCCUGAUGGCCAUCAGGGGCCGAAAGAGCCAUCACAAAUCCCAAUUGGACCACACAAAAUAUCUUCCUCUUCCUGGCCCUACACCAUGGCCCCUGAUUGGCAAUCUGCUACAGAUGGGGGACCAGAUUCAUCUUUCUCUAACCCGCUUGAGGCUCCAGUAUGGCGAUGUUUUCAAGAUGCGUCUGGGCUCUUUGACCAUUGUUGUCCUGAGUGGAUACAGCACCAUCAGACAGGCACUGGUUCGGCAGGGAGAAGCUUUUGCCGGACGGCCUGACCUGUUCACCUUUUCUGCCGUGGCCAACGGGACCAGUAUGACCUUCAGUGAGAAGUACGGACCGGCCUGGAUGCUCCACAAGAAGCUGUGUAAGAACGCCCUCAGGUCUUUCUCCCAGGCUGAGCCCAGAGGGUCUGGUGCCACCUGCCUCCUGGAGGAGCAGGUCUGUGCAGAGGCAGCUGAGAUGGUGGAGGUGAUUCGGGAACAGGCUGCUGCUAAAGGGGACCAAGAAAAGAUGGGUAUAGAUCCGGUGAGGCCCCUGGUAACCUCAGUGGCAAAUGUUGUCUGUGCCCUCUGUUUUGGGAAAAGGUACGACUACAAUGACAAGGAGUUCCUCACAAUGGUUCACAUCAACAAUGAGGUCCUGAGAAUCUUUGCUGCGGGAAACCUGGCAGAUUUUUUCCCUGUCUUUCGCUACUUUCCUAGUCCAUCUCUUAGGAAGAUGGUCCAGCACAUUCGGAGGAUGAAUGGAUUUAUGGAGCGGAGCAUUGAGGAACACAUCGACACAUUUGACAAGAACUGUAUCCGGGACAUUACAGAUGCUCUGAUUGAACUGUGUGAAGACAGAGAAGAAAAUAAGGAUUCCUCUCUGCUAUCCAACUCUCAGAUCAUUCACACUGUCAUAGACAUCUUCGGAGCCGGAUUUGACACCAUCAUUGCGGGUUUACAGUGGAGCCUGUUGUACCUGAUAAAGUUUCCUGACAUCCAAGACAGAAUACAUCAGGAGAUAGACAACCACAUUGGCACAGCCAGACUGCCCAGGUUUUCAGAUAAGCCCAAGAUGCCUUUCACAGAGGCGUUCUUAUAUGAAGUGUAUCGCUACGCUUCAUACAUCCCCUUCACAAUCCCUCACUGUACCACGAGAAACGUCGACCUGAAUGGUUACUUCAUCCCCAAAGAUACAUGUGUGUUCAUUAACCAGUAUCAAGUCAAUCAUGAUGUCGAUCUUUGGGGUGACCCAGACACAUUUCGCCCUGAUCGCUUCCUGAGUCCCUCAGGACUCCUCAAGAAGGAGCUGACGGAGAAGGUUCUGAUCUUCGGGAUGGGGAAGAGACGCUGCCUCGGUGAUGGUUUUGCACGUUUAGAGAUGUUUAUCUUUAUCACCACGCUGCUCCAUGGGCUGCGGCUUGAAAAAAUUCAUGGACAGGAACUGGAUCUCAGCACCGAUUUUGGUCUGACUAUGAAGCCGCGUCCUUACAGGAUUACCAUCUCUUCGAGGUUUUAGACCAAAUGAUCCUCUGUCUGGAUGCUCCUGUAUGUCAAAAAAUCUGAUUAUUAUCAUAUUAAGCCACUUGUGAUACAAAUGUCAACAAAGAAAGGGAAAAAUGUAUGUGCAAAUAUGUUUCUUGGAUAUUAAAAAUGAUAUAGGAAUAGUAUUAGUUAUGACUAACUCAAUAUUUGAACAGUCUAUUAUUAGAGUCCCUCUGCCUUUCUGUCCCACCACGUUAAAAAUUAAAAACUAGCCUGAAAACAGCCGCUCAUUAAACGUCUUUAUCUUAAGUUAUUAGUUACAGUUAAAUACUGAGGGAGGGGGAGAGAUAUAGCCUCAGACAUCAAACUCUGUUCACGCAGAGUUCAUCCUUACUCUCAUUGGCCCUGUCCUCCUCCUUAUCGCUUCAACUUCUCUCCUCCAACUCACCUAUCUCCUCCUCAUAUCCUCCAGGCAAACACUGUGGAGCUUACUCAUCUGCUCAAAGUCUCACUCAUUGGCUCUGUAAGGAGUGAUGCAUAAGUAUAUAUUAAGACAUGACAGUUACCCAUCUUUUUGAACAUGCUCCCCCUCGCCCAUCAGGGCUGUGACCUCCCACACAGAUUAAAUACAGUCCCAGACAACUUUGAGGGAGGUAAAGAAGACAGCAGAGAGUGAAAUCAGGCAUUUCUUAUCUGAGAGGGUUAAUGUAAAGAAGCAUGGCCAAAUGGGUAUAGAGAAAGAGGAGUCGGGCAGAACUACUUGUCCUUAAAUAAAAAGUUUGGAAGUUAUGAUGAUGACAGUUCACUCUCUUUUUAACUUCUAUCAAUUCAGGGAAAGUAUACAGAGACCUUGUCCCUUCCUGCAGUCAUACCUGUGUACCGCAGGUUUGGACACAGUAGAGUUGGCUGGUGAGGUGUUGAACAAUGGGUUGUCACGUCUGUCCAGAGCAUUUAAACUGACAACCUUCUGGCCAUAGCAUUUCAUUAACCUUUAAGAAGAUCAGAAAAAGAUAUAUGAGAGUAAAACUUUCAAACAACCCCCUAAUCAAAAUCAUGUCUUACUUUUUCUUACUUCGCCUGGAUAUUUGGCUUCAGUUAAGUGUGUGUAGAGUUAAUGCUAGGGGUUGAUUUAACAUGUCGAUGCACACAUAUAUGACAAUACAGUCCACACUACUUGACAUAUUGUGUCAAGCAUUUAAACAUACAGCUCGAAACAAAAUGAAGGGACCACUCCACAUUUUUCUUAAAUCUUAAUCUCUACAUGCAUGGCAGCCAUUCCAGUGUCUGUUGAAUUCCAACACAGGUACAUAUUGUCAGUAGUUUAUAGAAAAAACAAUUUAAAAAAAAUCAUUAAUUUAACUAAAAGAUUUACCUAUAAAUAGUAAAGACAGAGAAACUGAUAAUGCUGCAGUGGUCUCUUAAUUUUUUCCGGAGCUGUACUGUAUAUAUUCAUAGAUUCAUUCAAAGGCAGAAUAUGUUAUUUAAAACAACUCAAGGAAAUACAUUUGGGGA